AAGUUUAUUAUUCUUAUGUUUCUGCUACAUCUUUGAAUUAUAUAACUUGGGUUCAAAUAAUGAAUUCACUUACAUGCAAUCAAAUUGAGAGAAUUUAGGCUGAAUGGUCAUACUUAGUGAUUUAUUUCCCAGGUAUUGAUUGUUAUACAGUUCAACUUUAAUUUUGAAGUGUUUAAGAGAUAAAUUUCUAAUAAAGAACUAAAAUAAAAAUUGUUUUAUGGUUUUGUGGGUGUGGAACUUAUUAAAAGCAAAGUAAAAAAGAAGAAAAAAAAUUGGAAAAACAGUUCUUCCCUAUGGAACGAGGAAAAAGAGGGGGAAAAUAAAAUAAAAAAGAAGGAUAAUACAAAAAUAUAAAAAAGAAAAUAGCAAGAGGGAAGCGAUGGGCCUCCUCAGCUUCAGCAUCUUCUUCUUGUUUGUUCAUAAAUGAUACACUCGUUCCCAUUCCCACCACCAACACUUUCUCUGCUACUCCAAUUCCAACCUAAUCCAGAACUUUCAAUUCUUCAAUUUAUACACAUAUAUAUGUUUUUAACUGCGUGUUCAUAUCCAGAACCAAAAAAGAUUGCUGCUUUUUGCGCUGAAGACAGGCAAAUUGUUACUUCUUUGAAUCUGCUUCAAUUCAGAUCAAUACAUAGCUAUGGAUGAAAUGUAUGGUUUCCAUCCAUCCACGAGUGACUACGCGGACAGGGCCCUGAUGUCGCCGGACAAUCUGAUGAUACCUGCCGAGUAUCAAGCCUUCCUAUGCAACUCCUCCGGCCACCGGAUUCCGAUGUUUGGAGCCGACGAGCUGAUCUCGGGGGCCUCCGCCGUUGACUCCGAAGCCGGCUCCGCCACGCCCGGAGCGCUUCAUGAUGACGUGUCGAGCGUGAUCAAGACCAAAAUCGCUUCCCAUCCAUUUUAUCCGAGGUUGCUUGAGGCCUACAUAGACUGCCAGAAGGUCGGAGCGCCUCCCGAGAUAGCGUUCUUGUUGGACGAAAUCCGGAGAGAAAACGAUGUUUGUCAGCAAGACUCGGUUUCGACAUGCUUGGGAGCUGAUCCUGAGCUCGAUGAGUUUAUGGAAACCUUCUGUGAUGUAUUGGUGAAAUACAAGUCCGAUCUCUCAAAGCCUUUUGAUGAAGCAACCACCUUCUUGAACAAGAUUCAAACCCAACUGGGCAAUCUCUGCAAAGAUGAAUUCGGUGGUGUAUCAUCGGAAGAGGAAUUCAGUGGAGAUGUAGAAGUGCAAGAAGAUCAGGCUCGAACAAGGGUCGAAGACCGGCAACUCAAAGAUACACUGUUCAGGAAAUAUGGCGGCCAUAUUAGCAGCCUCAAGCUGGAAUUUUCCAAGAAGAAGAAGAAAGGUAAGCUGCCCAAAGAGGCAAGGGGAACCCUUCUCGACUGGUGGAAUUUGCACGAUAAAUGGCCUUACCCUACUGAAGCUGACAAAAUUUCGCUGGCCGAAACAACGGGUCUAGACCAGAAGCAGAUUAACAAUUGGUUUAUAAACCAACGGAAGCGUCACUGGAAACCAUCGGAGAACAUGCAACUAGCCGUCAUGGAUAAUCUUCCGGGACAAUUCUUUGCAGAUGACUGACGCUGCAUGCCUGUAUAUAAUAUAUAUAUAUACACACACACAUCUAUAUAUAUAUAAUAUAUAUAUGUCCUGAAACGUAUUUGAUGAUCACGAUCAUGCUUCUCUACAUGUACAUUCUGACAUGUUAUUGUCUGACAUUUGAAUUCUUGUAUUUUGAAUGCAGCGACAGAAAAAAAAAAAAAAAAAAGAAGAAGAAAGAAGAAGGUUAU